CAGCCGUAUUUCCGCGGGCGCUGAGCACUAGAGAGAGCGUCUUGUGGCUGCGGCCUGCCCCUCAGCCUCCUCCGCGCGGUUACCCCUGUACCCGCCGCCAUCCGUCCUGGCGCUCCGGAUGAGUCAAUGAGGGGCAGCGCCCGAGGAGUGGUCUUUCCCAGAACCCCUGGUGGCCUCCCAAGGCCGGUGCUGUAUACCUCCUCCCCGACAAAAGGGGAAACUGAGGCCCCGAGGGGAGUGGGAAGAGCCGGCUGGACGUCAGGCCCAGCCGCUGGUGCAGUGGUCCGUCCCCUCCGCCGGGGUGGGCCCCUCGGGUUUCGCGUGUUCUCGGGAAAGGGAGUGGCGGGCCUCGUGGGCUGUGCGGCUAUCCUGGAGACAGAUGACAGCUCUCCCUUGGAUGGCUUUGCUGGUUCCUCACCAGCCAGCGCCCCCAUUUUUCCUGCAGCACCCUGAUCUGCACUCCCUGAGGGGCUCCCACUGUCCGCGGUGUGAGGAUGUCCCUGGAUAGUCCACUGUGUGCACAGGCAUGGGAGUUGUCAUGUCGAGAACAUGCUAGACCUCAGUGUCCUUGAGGUAAGAUCUCUGGUUCAUUCUCUGGAAUGUUGGUUCCUUGUAUCUAGUACAGUUCUGUACAUGUUCCCAGGGGCUUUGGGGUUGGUGUAGGGGAGCUGAGAGGUGAGAUGAGAAUGGCACUGUGGGUCCCCAGAUCCGCUGUCCACCCAGCCAACCCAGAUCACCUCUGGCCUUUCCUGUGCCUUCAGGGCUUGCUGCUGGGGGAAAACCUCCAGAGUCCCACUUUGGUAAUAAGAGGUCUCUGCCCUUUCUCCCUGGGCAGCAGGAUGUUGUAAUGGAAAAUGAGUGGACCUAGGCUUCAGAGACUCUGGUCCCCUGGCUUUGAAUCCCCUUCUGCCACUAUCCCAGUCAAGGACUGAUUGAGAACCUAAUUUUCUUCAUUUGGAAAAUAAUGUUCUGAUAGAGGUGACUUUUGUGGUGCUUGAGACCACAUGAUUCCUAUCAUUACCAACCAAUAUUUUCCGAUUGUUUUUGCCCCAUGUGACUUCUCUGUGAUUCCUCCUGGCAAGGAAGUUUUACAGGAAAGCAGGGCCACUUUUGGGAUCCUGUGCUGGGCUGGAUCAUUUUCCUGGACUGGACCUAGUCCACAAGCUGCUGGCAUCUGUUUCUCCUCAUGGAUCUCUUUCUGCCUUUGUAUACACCUGCAUUCAAAAAUGAUCACGGGCUGCCUGUGCUCUGGUCAUCAAUAACGCAGGGAGAGGAAUUGCUGAAAGCCGUUUCCCGUGUUUGGAGGGUUCACACCUGUCCCUUUCAAAUGCUGGCGCUUUCACACACUCCUUCUCUCCUGCCAGCACCUUCUGGUCUCAGGAGCAUUGCAGGAUGUUGUGUGAGUGAGUGAUGGGAGACACUUUAGUAUGGCUUUUUUCAGCUUAGCCUCCUGUUAUCAGAGAGCAGUCUCUUUCAGUGUCAAGGUUUGAGUACUAGAUGGUGGAAAAAGCCUGUGUGAAUUAUUUUUAAUGAAUAAGUGUGAUGAUGGGUGGCAUACAGUCACUGCCUUAAGAUUUUCAAAGAGAAGCAGCCUUUUGGAGGUGGUGGGCCUGGGCAGGUCUUUCAAGGAGUGGGAUGUGAUGGGCAGUAGAAAGGUAUUCCAGGGAGGGGUAGCAACAUGAGAAGGUCUUUCAAGGAUUGGGAUGUGAUGGGCAGUAGAAAGGUAUUCCAGGGAGGGGUAGCAACAUGAGAAGGUCUUUCAAGGAUUGGGAUGUGAUGGGCAGUAGAAAGGUAUUCCAGGGAGGGGUAGCAACAUGAGAAGGUCUUUCAAGGAUUGGGAUGUGAUGGGCAGUAGAAAGGUAUUCCAGGGAGGGGUAGCAACAUGAGAAGGUCUUUGAGUCUGGGAUGAGCAAGAGUGUCUAGUCCCACCAGGGAGACAGAUGUGUAGGCAAGUAAUGAAAGCAUGGAGGGAUGGCUGCUGGGGUGGUCCUUGGCUCCCAGCACGGCGAGGUGGGACAUCUAUGGGAGGGGCCCUGAGAGGUCUCUUGAGCUGUCUUUCUGCCAGUUGCACAUCUGCUCGGUUGCCUGUUAAGACUCUUAAGACAGUUUUGCUGGACUCUUAAGUUUUUAUUUUGAUAUUCUUUGAGAGCAUUGAGAUUCCUUUUUGAGAUGAGUUUGGUAUGAAAGAAACUGGCAACUCAUACCCGAUUGAUUAACUGGGGGCAUUCCCAUUGACAUCAGCUUGAAGAAAGACGACAGAACACUGGAGACCAAGUACUUGCAGCCUUCUGCUCUGCGGCCCCUCCUCACUCCAGGGAUGCCGCCUUGGGUCUGGAGACUGUUAGAGGAAACCCCAAGAGGUGCAGGCACUGAGCCUCUCAGGACAAUGACCUGGGGUCCCAGCUCCCCUGGAGGGGCCUCCUCAUGAUUGUUUGGGGGUUGAUCACAGACCAAGAGUGACGAGUGAUGUCACCCUGUGACUCAUGGCCGGACCUUCUUGCCCCUAUUGUCUCAGCACAACAUUAUUCGACUUUUCCCUCAGCGUGGGUGAGCAGAGGAAAAGCCCUGUGGCUCUGGGGACUUGGGAUCCAGAGUUGAAGACCCUUCAGCUGGCUCUGCCCUGCAAGUGCCACAGAGUGCCAUGGCCCAGGAAGACAGGUUUUCUUCCAUCUAGGCCAGGCCAUCCAGUGGCCAUCCUCCGUGUCCUCCCGCCUCCUCCUGGUGUGAGUUCUGAAAACCAAGAAUUUGUUCCUGUUGACUUUUUCUGUGCUAUGGACCCUUGUCGUCUCACCCACUCAAUAAAUCUUGAAACAUGC